AUGCAAAACGGAUUUCAGUGGGACCGCACUGUCCAAGCUGUAGCCGUGCUCACCUCACUCCUCAUCGAACGCGCAGAACGCCGGCAGGAAGAGCUCUUCCUUAUAUCCAAGGAUUGCUUAAAAUGCUUCGAUCGCAUCCUAGGCUGGGUCAUGGAGCGACGCGGCAAACAAGGAAAGAUGACGAAGGUGUCGAAGCGCAUAUGGGUGCCGCGUGGCGGGCCCGCGGGUCGGCCUGUGGCAAGUGAAAAUCCGGUCAUCCGGCCGGACGGUGAAGAGAAAAAAGAACAAACGGACGACCCGAGCAAGUUGCCGGUUCCGCGUGAAGACCCUCGAAUGGGUCGAGAAGAGACGCGUACGGACGGUGUUGAAGUGAAGACCCGGUGGAAAGUCCUGCGGUCGGUGAAGAAUUUGUGCGAGAAGACUCGACGGUGUGAAAAGCCCGCGGGGAUGCAGGCUCAGGGUGAAGUUCAGCGUUCAGAGAAGGAACACAGGGUAGGUAAACUUGACCACGCGACAGUCGGAUUGGCAGAAUUGCUGAUUUCGCGGACGAUACUGGCGGGAUUGCCAGUUCCGCGUGGCGCGACGAAGGAUGGCGACACUGUGGAGUUACAGCGAGCGACGUGGCCAGAGUUGCCCGUCCCGUGUGACGACGCGAUCGGUGAGCUUGUGUUCGUCGAUUUUGACACGACACUCGACCCAGUCGUAGAGGGACGGAUGGAGUCUGUUGUGUGCGGAAGUGCAUCCGAGGCCUUGAGCAAACUGGUCGGCAUUCCUGACGCCCACGAUGAUGUGGUAGGAUAUCGUACGGACCUUACGGCAGCUGUGGAGACUGUGUUCGCUCCGUACGGGAUUGCCAAAGUCCCUCCGAAUCAACUGGAAGUCGUUGUAGAGCCCGUGUUCACUCCAACCCAGAUAGAAAACAUCAUCACAGGCGAUUUUCCGGGAAUCGUCAAGGCUGUCGUGGCUACGGUGGGUUUUCGUCCACAGCCCACGAAACAAGUUUGGUUCUACGGCCGAGCGGCGUACGUAUUUGAAGCGCUCGGGGUUACGGCGUCGAUAACGUUGACGGAUUUGGAGUCUACGAGACGCCCUGGCGAAGUUUGGCGUCUCAACUGGCAUUUUUUCUCGCUUCGACGUGAAUUGACUCGGCUGGCGUUUCACCACCUAGUCCACUUCGCAGAGAAGGCGUCGUCGUGUGUGUCCGCGAUGCAGCGUCAUACAGUAGGCAUACGCUGGUGUGCUCGUGAGUUGUACGCGGUGAAGGAAGACGACGUGGUGGUUCCGAAACGGUUGAUCUACCACGUGGGUAGUGACAACUUGGUGCCCCUUAAGGUUGUUUCGCUCAAUUGCGCGAAGAUGUCCGCAUUGAUCGAUAGCGGGGCGUCGAGACCGUUGGUACGACUGAAGACGGCGGAACGUCCCCCGAUUUUGGCGUACCCAGACUUCGAGCUUCCGUUCAUCGUGUAUGUGGACGGGUGCUCCAUUGCCGUUGGAACCGUCUGGAUGCAGAAGCAGAACGGCCGAGAGCGGGCGAUUGCUUACGCUAGCCAGGUGGUUGAACCAAACCCAGAAACCGUUGGCUUGGUCCCAUUCAGCGUUGGCUUGGUUGUCCAAGUCUGGAUCAAACUCAACCAACGCUACGCUGGCUCGUUGGGUCUCCCACUUGCAGAGUUUACGUUCACUGUGACGCAUCGACCGGGAGUAAGCAUAGGAACCGACGGGUGCGGACUGUACGGAGUUGGCAACAGUUGCUACUCGUGUCAAGCCGAACUGACCGUAUCGGACGAGACAGCGGAUACGAUGCGCACGGCGCCAACAGAUACGGACCCGGAAGAAACGCUUAUGGAGCGUAUGGGGUUGGACGUUUUAAGUCCGGAAGUUACGGCAACGGGCCGGCGACAUACGGAGCAGUACGGCCGGGGCUUAUUACGUACGGAAAGAGCUACGGGAAUUCCCUUGGACAACUCGUACAAUGUGCCUUCCGAUCUUCUCACGGAAGAACAAGCCAAGGAUACGUUCAUACGGGUAAUAAAGGCGUACCUGUUGGAGGAAGCCGUUCCGUUUGAUCGAGACGCGAUCAAACCAUCGCGAGUGGGCUACUGGAAAGGGUGGCGCGAAGAUGUGGCAGAGUAUUGUCGGCUGUGCGUUCACUGCGGUGCUUCUAAAGGGUCCACACCGUGGAGAAACGGAAAGCUCCAGCGCAUGCCGGUGUACAGAUUGAAGGGUCCGUUCAGCAUGGUGGUUGUUGACGCGUUGGGUCCGUUCCCUCCGACUGCGAAUGGGAACAAGUUUGUCCAGAUAAUCGUCGCCUACUUCACACGCUGGCCGCGAGGGCGUGUGCAGAUACGGGAUGUGUACUUACCUCGCCUGUUGUUCGCGUAUCGUACGGCCUACCAGUCGACGCUCGGCGUCUUUCCGGUUUUCUGUUUGUUUGGACUCGACCCGAUCCAGCCGUUGGACAUCGUGUUUACAAAUCAGGACACACCAUGGAAGUUGGAUGACCUUCCUCAGUGGCGAUGGAAGCAGUUUGCAUGCGACGGACGAACAAAGCAAGCGGAUUAUCAACCUGCGGACUCCGUAUGGUUGCAUCAGUACUUUCGCAAGUCAACGGAUGAGAACGAUAAACCCAUCAAGAAGCUCGCUUGCUAUUGGUACGGUCCGUACCGUAUCCAUUCUCGUCAAGGUGAGAAUACGUUCCGUAUCUACCUUCCAUCUCAUCCGGACUGGGUGGUGCCCAUCAACGUGGACCGAUUGAACAAAUUCCACGGGUAUUGGUCUCGUGCGAAGGAUGUCGACAUACCAGAACGGUUGCUGCGCCGCACGCCAUCGGAUAACGACCGGAGCCCAGCGUUCGACGAGGGCGAUCAGAACGACGCGUGGCUUGCCUCUGAGUUGUUGCCGGAAAGCAGCUUUGCAGGGCGAGUCGAUUCCCUGACGGAGACUUAG